UGAAUUUAGUAUUCAUUCAGACGAGAAAGGAUAGAGUGAUAGAAUAAAAAAAUGCCUGUAUUUCGCCAAGUGUAUUGCACUCUAAUAGUAUGUUUACUCACCUUCAACAUAGGUCUCAUGUUCGCUUGGCCGUCAUCAACAAUAAAAUUGUUCUCAUCGACAAACACAACUCUAAAUAGACCAAUGGGUGAAACGGAAAUGGCACUAUUCGGCAGCUUAUCCUCAAUAGCAGCAUUGAUGAGCACUCCUCUCUCUGGGUUCCUGAUAGAUGUUUUAGGCAGGAAAAAGUCAUGUAUUUUGUUUGCUUUGCCACAACCAAUUGCAUGGUCUUUGGUAUCAACAAUUCCAAGAGUCGAUGUUAUUUUAGCAUCCAUCAGCAUUUCAGGAUUGGGUGGAUGUAUGUUCAUGAUAGCACCAAAUUUCAUCAGUGAAUUCUGCCAAGAAACGAUUAGAGGAACUAUGACAUCAGGAGCCAUUAUUUUCUAUGGAAUCGGUUUGAUGGUGUCCUAUAUCUUGGGCGGGUAUUUGAGUUACCAGAUCAUGAACUACGUAUGUUUAACGAUAUCUAUUAUUGCUGUGGCGUUAAUCAUGAUCCUGAAGGAAUCCCCUACUUAUCUAAUGAAGAAAGGUCUAGAUGAGGAAGCUGCGAAAUCGAUAGCGUUUUACAGAUCAACUAGUCCUAACUCAAAGAUAGUAAUGCAGGAAAUGGACUUAAUACGAAGAACCCUUAACCCGAAAAUGGAUGACGUAACACCGGAAGAAGAAAAUUUAAAUCCCGAAUUGCAAACUAAGAAGAAAUUGUCCGUCAUUCAAUUUUUAAAAAAAUCUCAAUCGACACGUCGAGCGUUGAUCCUAGUUUUGAUGACAUACUUCACGACCAUCUUCCAGGGUAUUGUCGUGGUUCAAGUUUAUUCAGAACCAGUUUUCGAAGAAGCCUUACCGAGUAUGUCGGCGAAUUUGGCGAGUAUUUUAUUCGCAUUGACGAACACAAUAUCUGGUUUUGUUUCUGCGUAUUUGCUGGACUAUUUAGGAAGGAGGCCUGUGUUCAUUUAUUCAACAAUAGCAUCAAGUAUAUGUUGUGUGGCGCUGGGAUCACAAAUACAUUUACAAUGGGGUCCUAUUUGGUUGACUGGGGUAUUCUUAUAUGCCUACUGUAUAACGACUACGAUUGGAGCUGGUACUGUGCCGUAUGUAAUUAUCGCUGAAUUGUUCUUGCCUGAGGUCAAAGGAAUAAUGACGAUGUUGACCGUCCAAUGGGCGUGGAUUUGCAACUUCAUAAUACUCUUCAUAUUUAAUCCCCUAAACGCAGCGAUUGGCUUGGGGCCAGUGUUUUAUAUAUUUGGAAUAUUUAGCUUAUUGUCGACUAUUGUCAGUUUUAUAUAUUUACCAGAAACGAAAGGACUCACAGUUGACGUCAUACAGACAUUGAUGGUUAAAGCGAAGAAAUCAGAGAAGGCAUAAUAAACAAAUGAA